AGGCCUUGCUUGGGAAACGAGCUCUGCCUUCUUCUAGUUCUAGCAGUACAAACAAACUAGGCUCAGACUCAGCUAUCGUACACCUCUGUAAACUUGGCCAAGUUGUCGAAGUAGAUUCUACCUCUUGAAUGAGAUCUCUUGAUUCUAGGCCGAUGAGUAAUCUUUGUGAAGUUUUCUAAGUGGUCAAUUUCGAUCAAAUGGUGCAACAUUUUGAAAUAGAACAAAAAUGCGCUGCAAGUUCCCAGCUACCAUUCUAAAAAACAGGGAUUGUGUUUGAUCUGGUGUCUCCCAUAUAUAUGAAUGUGAAUCUGAUUGACCACUGAUUAUUCGAGAUGGAAGAACUGCAGUUGCAGCCUGAUGUCCACACAGCUUUGGUGGAGUCUUUUCCUAAAAAUUCCAGCAAUUUGUCUCACCUGUUGAAGAUUCUGUGCAGACCACCAUUGUUCUCCACCCUGCGGAUCAACCUACAGCUAACAGAUAUAACAACAGCUAUAGAGGCUCUCAGAGGUGUUCUUGCAGAGCAAUGCAAACUGACUGGUAUGGCUGAGUUUACCUUAUAUCAACAUCCUGUGAUUGAUGACUGCAUCAUCAUUGAAAACCGAGGACCUUUCAGUUUGCCUCAGGUAGAAAAAGAAAUUGUUGUGGAUUUGUCUUGUGGAAUGGCAGUGCUGAGAGGAGCCAAUGUCUUUGCUCAAGGCAUUAUGGCAUGUCCUCAAAAUCUGAGAGCUGGUGACACUGUGUCAGUCUUCUCAGACCUUGAUGGGAAGUGUCUCAAAGGGUUUGCUGGGAAAUACCCUGGUCGGAAAUUCCAUGUCGGAAAUGGUGUGGCUCAGGUGGCCCGGUCCGAUUUGUUCAACGCCAGUGGUGGUGUCCGGGGUAUUGGAAUUUUGAUGACACAACCAGUGUAUGAAGCUCCUGCCAUGAAUGAUCUCCCGUUCCCAUGGGUGUUUUCACAAAAUUUACCAUCAAUGGCAUGUGCCCAUUUCCUUGGCCCUCAACCAGGAGAGAGAGUUCUUGAUAUGUGUGCUGCACCAGGUGGUAAAACAUCUCACAUAGCUGCUCUCAUGAAGAAUUCUGGUGUGGUAGUGGCUUUAGAAAAAAGUUCAGAAAGAGCUUCAAAGAUGUCUAAUCUCAUGGAAAAACUGGGGUUAGACAAUGUCAAAUGUUUUCAGUUUGACUCCACGAAAGCUGUGUCAGAUAUUUCAGGUCCAGAUGACUCACCCCCCUACCUGCCAGCCUCAUUUGACCGGGUCCUGGUGGACGCCCCAUGCAGUGCCUUGGGCCAGCGACCCUGUGCUGUGAACAGGCUGUCUCUGAACCAGCUCAAGUCUUACCCAGUGCUACAACACAAAAUACUUCUGUCGGCGGUGCAGCUUGUGCGUCCUGGAGGCGUUCUGGUGUACAGCACCUGCACCGUGUGCGUGGACGAGAACGAGGACCAGGUGGCUCGACUCCUCACCAAGUGUCCAGAUCUGGAGCUUUGUGACGCGCCACACAAAUUGGGUGGCCCAGGUUUGCCAGGGUCAAAGUUGAAAAGUGAACUCUUGUCCAAGGUGCAGAGGUUCGAUCCAAGUAUUCAACUCACACAGCCCGAUGUCAGAGAAUGUUACAAUGUGGACACCAUUGGAUUCUUUAUAGCAGUAUUUAGGAAAAGGUCCAGUCCUGAUGUAUAUCAACAUGUCAAGUCUGAAGGGAGUCCUGGAGACAAGCGGCAAGGGAAAAUAACAUAAGUUAAAAAAAGAAUAUUCUAUACUUGUAUAUUUAAUUAUUAUAAUUCUCUACUCCUUGAUUGAGCCAUGGGCAGCUGUGAUAUGUGAUCAUCAUGCCCAUUAUAACUCUGGAGGGAGUAUUGAGCUAAAAAUAGUUAGCCUCACAUUCUACAAAUUUUGAAUAUUUUACUUUAAAUUUCAGAGUACCUGACGUUUUGGGGAAAGCAAGGUCAGACAAACGGAUCCUUCAGCUUGCUAUGCUGGGUACUCGACAAAUAUCAGCUAUAUUCUUGUGUCUCUUCUAGACUUCCUAAAUUGAAUGUACCUCUAACUUUAAAAGAGAUACAUAUUCUUGUCAUCAAAGCCACAAUGAAUUUAUAGGACUGGGCUAGAGUGCAGUAAAUGUGAUAAUUGAACUGACUUUAUGAGAGCCAAGCAUUCAACUACUGGAACAUGUUUCUAUAUUGGUUAUUUGCUUGUCAUCCUUAACUUUGUGAGUUAUUUUGUCUUUUAGAAAGAAGUUGACUGUCGAAUACUGAAUGAUUAAGAUCUAACUUCUAACUUUUAUUUUGGGAACAAUUACAACAAAACUCAGGGCAUGUGAUUUGACCAGAUUUAUUACUGCUCUUGAGUUUGAGACAUCAAUCAACAAGUUUAUUGCAACAUUACCUGCAGUAUAUAAACAUGUCUAGCUCUGCUAGCUAGAAAUGCAGCCACUGCCUAUAAAGAGAAGGCACUUUGUUAGUUCAUCACAUGUACGUAUAAUAUAAAACAAAUGGUCAGAAUGUACAAACGUAUCAAACAAUGGAGGGUUAGCACAGUAAAUUACCACAGGUCCCGGGUAAUCUUUUCUAUAUGUCUUGUGAGUGAAACUUGUAAGGAAAGUAUAUGUUGAGGUAUAUUUGUGUUAUUUAAAUGUGUUUACUGUACCAUGUGUGUAUAGUUUAGUGUGUGGGUGUGCACGUGUGUGUGUGUGUGUGUGUGUGAGAACAUGUCUGUGCGCGGUAAUAUAUUAUGUUCCAGCUGUUUCGUUUUUCACAGUUUUCAGUUGUAACAGGAUAUCUCUUGGAGUGUGCUGUUGAGCAAUUUGAAAUAAAUGUACCGGUAAUUGUCAAAAAGAAAA